AUGAAGGUAAAGACCAUAAGUAGAUCUUCUGAUACCUAUGUUCCUGUAAGAGACACUCAAGAGUCGCCACUUCCUCGAAACUUGAACCUGGCACUUCAUCCAUUUGAACGAGCUCGAGAAUACACUAGAGCACUUCAGGCCACCAAACUAGAGCGUAUGUUUGCCAAACCGUUUAUUGGACAAUUAGGCGAUGGUCAUAGAGACGGUGUAUAUCAAAUUGCUAAGAAUUUCAACUAUACAAACCAAAUUGCCAGUGGUUCAGGUGAUGGAGUAAUAAAGUAUUGGAACUUAACAACGAGAUUGGAAACUGCUAGUUUUAGAGCCCAUUACGGAAUGUGUAGUGGACUAGCCAUUACCCCUGAAAACCAAAUGUUGAGUUGUGGAGAUGACAAGACUAUCAAGCUUUGGUCUGUGGAUAGUGAAGAGUUUGAUCGUGAUAUACGCGAUGAUGAGGUGUAUACUAAUAAAAAUCAAGGAUUAAUCAAGACGUAUUUGGGCGAACAUGCAUUCAAAGGAAUAGAUCACCAUAGAAAUGAGCCGAUAUUUGUUACAGGAGGGGCUCAAAUACAACUCUGGGAUAUUAAUCGAACAAAACAUACGAGUGACUUAUCUUGGGGUGCAGAUAAUGUUAACACUGUCAAAUUCAAUCAAACAGAAACAAAUAUCAUUGCCAGUUGUGGGUCAGAUAAUUCAAUUGUGCUUUAUGAUAUUAGGACAAACACGCCUAUUCAAAAAUGUGUUACUAGUUUCCGAAACAAUUGUAUCAGUUGGAAUCCAAUGGAAGCAUUUAAUUUCGCUACUGGUAAUGAAGACCACAAUGCCUACCUUUGGGACAUGAGAAACAUGAAGAAAUCUCUAAACAUAUACAAGGAUCAUGUUGCCGCCAUCAUGGAUGUUGAUUUUUCUCCCACUGGUGAAGAGCUCGUUACAGGGUCUUACGAUAAGACGAUUCGGAUUUAUAAGACAAGACAAGGUCAUUCUCGUGAUAUAUAUCAUACCAAGAGAAUGCAACGGGUGUUUGUUACGAAAUUCACAACGGAUGCACGAUAUAUAUUGAGUGGGUCUGACGACACAAAUGUGCGAGUCUGGCGUACAGUAGCAUCUGACCGUGCUAACGUCAAGUCUAUGAAACAAAGAAGCAGAUUGGAAUACGAUGAGAAGUUGAAGGAAAGGUUUCAGCAUAUGCCUGAAAUCAAGAGAAUCAGUCGUCAUAGACAUGUUCCAAAGGUUGUUAAGAAAGCUCAGGAAAUUAAAAGAAUUGAAAUUGAGAGUAUUAAGAGGAGAGAAGAGAAUGAGCGAAGACAUGCGAAACAGGGAAGUAAACCAUAUAUUUCCGAAAGAGUGAAGCACGUUAGAGGUGUUGUUAAUGAUAAAGAUCUGUGA